AACUUGUCCUCUCUGAAGGGCUCCGCAUCACAGCUCUGAUGGAUGACUCGACUUUCAAAAGCUACUAUUCGCCUAACUAUCAUUAAAAUGUCUGCGUAAAAUGCUUCUAAAGCACAAAUAGAGGCUGAAUUUUCAAAAAAAGGAACAUAAUAUGGGUAACUCAGGGAGUGUGUGGUGGACUGUAGUGGAGUGCACUUGCAGGAUUCUUGGUGUUUCUACAGCAACAGUAUUGUGUGCUGUGGGAGUAGAAACAGUCCACCAGGGAGAGUUCAACAGCCUGGGUAUCUAUCUGAUAACAGCAGCUGCUGGGAUCAUGAUGUUUGAGUUGUCAUACUUCUUGGAUGCUCUACUGUCCAUGUGUUUGCCCUGUCCUCCACACUGGCAAGUAUUUAUCUUGUGGGGGAAGAUGGCUCGUGUUGGAGGCUUCCAUAAAUUCCUCUAUUACUCCAUCAUGUCAGUGGUCUGUUUUUUGCACCCUGUGUUGGUUUGGCACGCAAUCAUCCCAGGAUCAAUGCUUCUGGUGACAGCCGUGUUCAACUUCAUACUGAGUAAAAAAGCAAAGACCAAGUCUUCCAAGAGUCUACUAGAGAGCAACAGCGACCAAGGUGUAACAGCUGUCUGUGUGACAGAAAGAUCUGGCUCCAACGUCACGUCUUCAUUCCUCCAAGCAGUGACAGGAAGAAAGGGAGGGGAAAUAGUUCUCGCAGACCCAGAUCAGUGCCUUGAUCCACACGACAGAGGAGCAAGUGUCCAGGCAAUGCUGGAGCUGGAGCAGAGAGCAGCACCUGCAUACACAGAAAGGAGGAGGACAAGGUGGUGGGGGAAAAUUAUCUGGUUUAGGGGAAGGGAGGAGCCUGUGGAGAGGGAGAUGGAGGAGAUCAAUGAGGCUGAACCAGACACCACCUCAGACACUGCACCUAUGAUCACCGACUGACCUGCUGCUCCACAUUGAAAUCAUGCUCCUAUUUGCAAAGCGCAAAGCAGACUUAUUAAAAAAGUGAAAAAGAAUGUCUGAUAAAAGUAUAUUUCUAUUAUUUGUUACUGUUGUGAUCAUAUAACUAAAACUCACAUUGUUAUCUUUCAUGAUAACCAACAUGUAUAUU